UACAAAGCGCACAUAGUUAGAUCUUCCUGACCCUCAGCAAAUCAGUUCUCCACCCCUUCCCAAAACUACAAGAGCACCAGCUGCAGAUACAAUCCAAACCCCAGCACUUAGCCAGCGAGCAGCACAAAAACACAGCCCUGGAAUAAAAGAGAAAGCGCAACAAGACUUCCAUCCAAGCGAGUCUCAAUAAACAUCACGCAGAGUUUCUAACUUUUCCAUUACUGCUCACGUCGCACCGUUCUCUGCCACAAUCAGUGUGAUCUCCGAUGGACAAGAAGUCGGCAAUGUUUACGUUACCCAUUUUGGUUUGCUCCUGCCUGUUCCUUUUGCCGACCGUAUGCAAUUCUGAAACGGAUGAUGACCUGUUACCAGCUGAAGCCAAUCCUGAAGAGGACCACAAUUUCAGGAUAGUUGAGCUUCCCCCUGAGUUUGCAUCCUACGACAUUAACAGAGAUGGAGCCAUAACAUUGGAGGAAUUGUCUGAUUUUACAGAAACCCGUAGUGAUGAUGCAGAGCAGCCGUUCCACAGCGCCGAUACCGAUGGAAAUGAUCUUCUCACAAAACAAGAAUUUCAAAAUGCUCCCUGGGUUUUCCUUGACUCUGAGAAAGGUUUUAAGUCUGGAGACAACGCACCCAUCUAAUUCUACUUAUUGUUUAUUUUAUUAGAGCAGUGAUCCCCAACCAGUAGCCUGUGAGUAACAUGUUGCUCCCCAACUCCUUGG